UUUUAGAAUCAUCAUGAAAUUUAUUGCCCUGUUGCUUUUUGCCUCUGUAGCAACAGCAAGCUUCAUUCAUUUUGAUCCUCCAAUAGACGAUCAAUGGGAAACAUUCAAAAAAACUUUUGGAAAAGUUUAUCAUGACGGCGAAGAACUGACACGAAGAUCGAUCUGGGAAAAAAACAUUGUCGAAGUUGAAUACCACAAUCACCUCGCUGAUAUGGGUUUCUACACGUAUAGAAAAGGCAUUAACAAAUAUUCAGAUUUGAGCAGCAAUGAGAUUGCAGAGUUUCUCAAAGGAUUAAAAAGUGCUGAUCUUCAAAGCAGCAGCGGGUCUAAUUGGGUUGAACCUUUCAAUGUAUAUAUUCCUGAUAAAGUUGAUUGGAGAGCUCAAGGAUUGGUGACGCCAGUUAAGGACCAA